CCGUACAACACGUCGACAUUAGUAUUAUUACAAAUAGUGCAACGAUACGGAGAUAUAACACCGUCACUAUUUUACCCAGGUGAUCCCUAUGCCAACGACACGUGGCCGGACGGGUUGGCCAACCUUACACCUAAAGGCAAGCGUCGUAUGUAUGAAACGGGCCGACAGUUGCGUCACCGAUACGGCCAAUGGCUGGGAGUGUCGCCCAAAACCAUAUACCAAAGGAGCGCAUCAGUGAACCGGUGUCUGGAGAGCGCGUACGCCGUGUCCGCCGGUAUGUAUCAACCGGAGGGCCGGUGGGUGUGGGACCGACCGCUAGAGUUGGCCCACUUGUGGCAACCGAUGGCCAUACAGACAGUGCCCACCGCUAUAGACCCGCUGUUGGAUGUGUCGGCCGACUGUCCGGUGGCCGACACUCUCGAUGAAGAUCAGAAUAAUUCGCCUCAAGUACUGGCGUUUAUGGCGGCGCACCAGUCGUUUGUGAAUCAACUCAACGAGGCCACUGGCAACAAUUUUACCUUUGUCGGCUCUGUGGCCACUUUAUACAAGACACUGGUUACCGAGCUCGAUUACCCCAAACCGCCACCCCCUUGGCUCCGGGCGAUGGGUGUGAAGCGUACAAUGGCUCGGCUCGAGGAGUUUCAACGUGAAACUGUUAAUUUAUUAUCGGUUGACCCGACAGUACAACGGUUACGAGGUGGCCCAUUAAUCGGGGUAUUAAUUGAUAAUAUGAACAGCGCUAUAGCCAUGGAGGCCAAUAGCACCAUGGUCAAAGUGAACCACUACACCACCAACGAUGUAACCAUAGCGAUUAUCUAUCGUAUACUAAAUAAUAAAAUUAUUUUACCCUCGUUUGGCUCAGCACUGGUGUUUGAGCUGCACUUAAUUAACGGUAGUUACGUUGUCAAGGUGCUUUACGCAAAUCAGUUUCAUGGUUUUGAUUUUGAUUGGAACAAUGUGAUGAUGCCCAAUUGCAAAUCGGGUAAUGAUCCAAUUGGUCAAUGUACAUUUAACACGUUUUUUGACAGCCUCAACAAUUCUAUUCCGGUUAAUUGGGCUAGUGAGUGCGGACUCACAUACCCUGUACCUAUUUACCCUUCACAGAUAUGUCGUCUGGCGUACAAAGUAACGCAGAGCCAGACUUACCUCAAAGUGCCCGAUAAAUCCAACGCUUACCAC